AUGGAUUCCUUGACGACCCAUCCUGCAACUGCGCAGCAGGCCAAGGCGUUCACCUCGCCUGCCUCGCUGUCGUUCCCAGGUGGUGCUGGCGAACUGACUCCUCCGUCUUCCUCUGAGAAAGAGGCCAACGGCGCCCAGCAGCCUCAUCAGCCUCAGCAUGUUAACGGCAGCGGUCCUGGCGGUGGUACGCCUGCGACCCCCGUUGCGACACCCGGAGCUGGCCCCGGCGUGAGUGGCAUAGUACCAACAUUGCAAAACAUCGUUGCUACCGUCAACCUUGAUUGCCGACUGGAUCUCAAGACCAUCGCCCUCCACGCCAGAAACGCGGAGUACAAUCCAAAGGUUGGUGCUGGCGAAGUCGCUUGUUUACUUUUUUCUUUUCACACACAAGUAAAAAUAUAUAUAUUAUUUGUGCGUUUUGCCGCCGUGAUCAUGCGUAUUCGAGAACCCAAGACUACUGCCCUGAUCUUCGCAUCCGGCAAGAUGGUCGUCACCGGCGCAAAGUCGGAGGACGACUCGAAGCUCGCGUCUCGGAAAUACGCUCGUAUUAUCCAGAAACUCGGGUUCAAUGCCAAGUUCACGGACUUUAAGAUCCAGAACAUCGUCGGGUCAUGCGACAUCAAGUUCCCGAUCCGUCUGGAAGGCUUGGCCAGCCGACAUCACAACUUCAGCUCUUAUGAACCAGAGCUGUUCCCGGGCUUGAUCUAUCGUAUGAUGAAGCCGAAGAUCGUCCUGCUCAUCUUCGUCAGCGGUAAGAUUGUGCUCACUGGCGCCAAGGUUAGGGAAGAGAUAUAUCAAGCUUUCGAGAUGAUAUAUCCCGUCUUGACUGGUAUGUUGACUAUCAUUCAUUGCCUCUGUCUAUCUUCUGAUCUAACAUCUUUCCAAUAG